UUCUUCGUUUCUCUCUCCAAUUUUGGGGCGAAGCACAAAAUUAGGGAAAAAAGACACCGGGAAAGAGAGAAGUCGAAGGAAGAUUGACUUGUGGAUCGUUUAGGCUUGGAUCGAUGUCGACGCCAGCGAGGAAAAGGCUGAUGAGGGAUUUCAAGAGGUUGCAGAAUGAUCCGCCCGCGGGAAUCAGUGGAGCCCCGCAGGAUAACAACAUCAUGCUGUGGAACGCCGUGAUCUUUGGGCCUGAUGAUACUCCGUGGGAUGGAGGUACGUUUAAACUGACAUUGCAGUUUACUGAGGAUUAUCCAAACAAGCCACCGACAGUCAGAUUUGUCUCGAGAAUGUUUCACCCAAAUAUCUAUGCAGAUGGAAGCAUUUGCUUGGAUAUCUUACAAAACCAAUGGAGUCCUAUUUAUGAUGUUGCUGCUAUACUGACUUCCAUUCAGUCUCUUCUCUGUGACCCAAACCCAAACUCCCCUGCAAAUUCUGAGGCAGCAAGAAUGUUCAGCGAGAACAAGCGUGAAUACAACAGGAGGGUACGGGAGAUCGUAGAACAAAGCUGGACAGCGGACUAAAAAACAUUGCAGUUGCUUCGCCCGCAAAUUCCUGUGAAUUUGAUUGUCAAGGUGUCUUGAAUUACAUAAGCUGUCAUCGUGGAAUUCAGACAGACUUGUCUAUGCUUAUCGUAAAUGACUGUAGCUGUUGUCUAGGAUGUAAAUCUUUCUUGGCGCGAAGCAAGAAGGUUAAAAUUGUCCAGAAUGCUGUAACGUCAUAUGUCUGUUGUCUCAGUUCGGUAACUUAGGACGUGGGCAAUAUGAGUGAUUUGUGCUUGGCGUGUCACUGGAUAUUAAACAGGACAAGUGGUACUAUUAUUUAAGAUUCAGUUUCUUGGCAAUUAGUUAUUAUUCAGCAACUAUUUGAAAUUUCA